UUUUCCGUUCUAUUUUCAGGUUGUUUCUUGUCCCAUAUUGGUUUUGUUUUAAUUCUUCCCUUUGGUUACCCUUGGUGUCUAUUUGUUCAAGGGUUUUUGUGUGAGAAGAUGCCUUCAUGAUUGAACGCAGCAUGCCAUUCAAGUUCCUGCUGAAAAAGAGUCGGCAAUACAACGUUUCGACGAAGUCUCUCUAUGUGAUCAAUGUUGAAUUGUUGGACAACAGUGGGAUUGACUGCACUCUCACUGCAGAUAGUACAGGGAGAGAUUGCCUCGAAAAUAUAUGUCAGCGACUUGGGCUCCAGCAGCCUGAGUUCUUUGGCCUUCGUUUCGAGUCCGGGAAGAGGCAACCCCGAAUCAGAUGGCUGGAGCUCGACAAGCCGGUGAAGAGGCAAUUGGAGAAAUAUGGACAGGAACAGAAACUGUUUUUGGGUGUCAUGUUCUACAUAACAGAUGUACACCUCCUCCACUGUGAAAUAACCAGGUACCAGUACUUUCUGCAGUUGAAGCAAGACGUAUUGGAGGGGAAACUGGCCUGUAACCUGGAACAGGCAAUCAAUCUUGCAGCCUACAGUCUCCAAGGUCAGUCACGUCUACAGUUCUUCCCCAUCAUUCAUAUGGUCCAGAAUCAGGGAGAGUUGCAUACGUUGAUAGAGUUGGUCAUCCGUCAUCACAUGGCUCUUCAGAGUGUGUCACCUACGCUGGCUGAGGUCUACUACAUCUUGGAAGCACAAAAGCUUGAUGGCUAUGGUGUGGAUUUCUUCCAAGCCAAGGAUGAACACAAUCGGGACGCCUAUGUUGGAUCCUCACUUCUGGGAAUCGUUGUCCGUUCGUAUAUCCCACCUAAUGUCAACUACUACAGGUGGAGUGAUAUUAGUAAUCUGGUGAAUCACAAGCGAACCUUUUCCAUUGAGUGCCAACGAGAUGAGGACACUGUUCAAUUCACGUUGGAUGACCACGAUUUGGCCAAGUAUGUAUGGAAACAAUGUGUGGUUCAGCACAUGUUCUUCAAGAGGCAACAGGUCGUAUUGGGCAUUCCUGAUGGAGAUGAAGAGGAAGAAACAAACCAACUUCCUGCCCCUGAUAUUCAGACUUCCGCCCAACCACUUCAUGAAAGUGACAGUGGGACAGGGACAUUGCCAGAUGUUCAUGCUGGGUUGGAACGAGGCUCAACUCAUCCAAAGACUCAUCAUGUAACAGGACCUGGACAUGUUCCAGUGUCUCAUAUCAGUGCAAAUUAUAAUAUCCCUGUCAGCAUCACACACCAACAACAGCAGCAACAGCCUUUGCAUAUGGAGGCAAAGAGGAUGGCUCAUGGAAUUCAGGCUCAAGUCAUAUUGCAGCAUUCUCAUCCCACAGUUCCAUAUUCAGGGAUAUCUCACAAUCUAGCAGCUUAUGAUGAUCCUCACUUCACUCAACAGCAGCAUGAACCCUAUUCUCUUCCUCCUUCAACUCUAGCAGCUCAGAUUCAUCAGUCAUCCUCCCUGUCUAGUUUGCCAGACCAUCCUCAGCUUGAUUACAUGCAACUCAAAUCCCUCCUGCCUGCAUACCGGCCAGCCCCUGACUAUGAGACAGCUUUACGUGUGAAAUAUGGGUUAAGUCCUGUUGGAAGUGCAAGCCUUGGCAAUAUCCAGAAGCCUGAUGCUCCUGCUGCAAACUUCCCCAACCAGAAUCACAUUCAGCAUCUUCCACCACCUAUCACUUACAGCAGUCAACCAGAUCUAGCACAUCAAGUCCUGCCGCAAGGAGGAGGUGUUGGAGGACAUGUGCUUACAUAUCGUGGCCAUCAAGGAUAUGGUGGUGCUGGAGAUAUGAUUCCCCUUAUUGAUGCAGGAGGAAAUCAUUUGACCUACAGCACUCCUGAAUUAAAUGUCCCUGUUCCUGGUGAUCAAGGAGAUCCAGCUGCAGCUCUUCAUCAGGAGCUUCAGUUCCUCCAUCUCUAUAAACCCCCUCCUCCAUAUCCUUAUCAUAAACCCCAAAGCACAAGUUCUCCAGAUUUGGCCAGCCAGGGAAUUCAGUCUUCCCAGGUAAGUGGGUCCACACCAGACUUACUCUCAAAUCGACCACACGGAGUGGUAAAUGUCUCUGGAGAAGUCCAUCGAACAUAUGAGAACCUGGCUGUUCCCCAAUCACCUCCUGUGCCAGGACUGAGCAUGGAAGAACUCAAUUCUAUCUAUCAAGUGAAUGAGACCAAAGCCAACAGACCUCCUCCACCAUAUCCAAUUCAAAAUCAGAGGCAGGAGCCCAUUUAUGAGAACAUCCCUCCUAAAUAUCCAGGACCUGCAAGUGUAGUGAGUGCCAUCAAUUCUGCAGUGGUCACAAGUCUAGGCAGUGCAAUUUUACCUGGAGGACUUGUCGUGUCGUCAGUGUCUUCACAUCCGCAUCCUCACGCUGUUCCUGAUUCUAUGGUGGUUGAAUCCCAAACAACUGAGCCUGCUCUUCCUGAUCUAGGAAAGGUCAAAUCUGCUCGAUUUCAUGCCCUGGGUCCAACCAGACCAGAACCAGAAUCUCGUCUGACCCAUGCUCUUAUGAUCUCUUCAUUGGAUCAAGGAGGCAAAACUGACAGUGAAAUCCAAGAGGAUGGAGUAGUUCAAUCCAAUUCCAGUGACAAGAGUCAACAGCUUCAAAAGGGUCGGGGCUGGAAGAAAUGGGCCCUUCCAGGUGGCAUGAAUAAGAAGGAUUCUGAUAGCAAUUCAUCAAGUGGGUCCCUACAAGGAGCAUCCAAGAGUUCUUCUACAUCAUCCUCACCAUUGGCUUUAGCUAAAUCAAAGCUAGGGAAAGCCAAAGGGGUCUUUCACUCCCCAACUCCUUCCCAAGGUUCCUUGGAACCAAUUCCAGUGUUUCCUUGUCUCGGCCUUGUUGAUGGUUCCAAGGAAAACAAAAUCAGAAUCCUGCAGGAGAGGAUCACAAGUGGGGAAGUUUUGCAAGAGUUUGAAGGCAUCCCCAAGAAACGUAUGAAUUGUGAAUUUCCCACUGCACUUUCGCCAGCCAACAUAUCCAAAAAUAGAUUCAAAGAUGUUCUGCCCUAUGAAGAAAAUCGUGUGCAUUUGACACCUAACAAGGACAACAAGACUGGAUAUAUAAAUGCUUCUCCAAUAACGAUCACAGUGGAUCGGCAAACGAGGUUUUACAUUGCUGCCCAGGGUCCACUUUCAUCUACAGUGAAUUCUUUUUGGCAAAUGAUAUGGGAGCAAAAUGUCCACCUUGUGGUCAUGCUUACAAGUGUCCAGUCCUCGUCUUGUAUCCCAUACUGGCCUCAAAAUGACAAGGCCACCAUUGAAAUUGGGGAGUAUGUAAUUCACCGGCAGUGUAGUAGCCAAUCAAGCAGCUAUGUAACCAGUCGGCUCCAGGUGAGUCAUGGUGGGAGCAAGAAGCAGCGCUGCAUCUGGCACCUUCAAUACACCGAUUGGGCAGAUCAUGGCUGCCCUGAAGAUGUUCAGGGUUUUGUCAACUUCCUUGAAGAGAUGGAUUCUCUGAGACGUCAGUCACAGAAUGAGAUCCCAGCCAGCUGCAACAAGAAUGUCCCUGUGUUGGUUCAUUGUUCAGCUGGGGUUGGUCGGACUGGUGUUACCAUCCUCUGCGACAUUCUUCUUUACUGCCUCGAUCACAAUCAGCCGAUUGAGCUCCCCAAGCUGCUGUAUCAUGUGCGUCAACAGCGGAUGCUGAUGGUUCAAACCAUCUCUCAGUACAAGUUCAUCUAUCAGGUCCUGGUUCAGUACCUACAAGGAUCUCGUCUCAUUUGAGAACACCGCCUCGAUCUGUGCCCAUUAUAUUUAACUUUUACCUCUCAUCCCCUCCUCUUCUUCCAUGUGAUCCAUUUUCCUGUUUUGCCUUUGAGUUGUGCGUAUCUGUGAUAGACUUUGAGAUUGACUCCUGCUUCCCUGCAAGUGUGUCCAUUUUCAGGAGAAGAUAGUUGUGCUUGACAUGAAGGUUUUUUUUUGUUACAUGAAUUUUUUUUUUUUUUUAGCCAGAGGAGUCCAAAGAGUACUGCUUGAAACAAUCAUAACUGGCAUCGGAAAUGCUGAUGAGCCAUAUCCUGUACACAUUAUUUCUCUCGUUUUUCAAAAAGUCGCAUCCCCAGCUCCCCUUUGUCCAUUUAUUUAAAUAUGAGGUGCCAGAAAGGAACUGUUCUCCGUCCAUGGUGGCUGUAUUUGCCCCUCUUCUGUGAUCCUUUGCCCUUGACUCCCCUGACUUCAUGCAGCAUUGUUUUUUGUUUGUUUUUAGUAUGACUUGAAGUGAACGUUCUUCCAUGCUACGAGAUUUUGAGAUGCCAUCUGCAGUGAAUUGACUAUUGAAUUUGAUGAUAAUGAAACCACAGAAGACUGGUGAAAAGUUUCCCUUCUUGACAAAAUAAACAUUUUUUUGAAGUUCCAUACA